UUUCUUUCUUUCCGGUCUAACAUGCCAUUCCAAAGGUUUGUGGAGACAGGCAGAAUUGCCAAAUGCUCAGCGGGUCCCUUGAAAGGGAGAUUAGUAGCGAUUGUUGAUGUUAUAGAUCAAACAAAGGUAUUGAUUGAUGGACCAUUAACGGGAGUUCCACGUCAGGAAUAUAGACUAAAUAACCUUCAUUUAACGAAAUUCCGUCUUAAGUUUCCUUAUCACGCUCCAACAAGGGUUGUGAGAAAAAUAUGGAAAGAUUUUAAUGUUCGAGCUGAGUGGAAAAAAACAGCUUGGUCACAGAAAGCAGUUUCUAUACGAAAGCGAACACAAUUGAAUGAUUUUGAUCGCUUUAAAUUACGUUAUGCUAAACGUCAACGCAAUAAGCUUUUAACUAUUGCUUUCAACUCAUUGAAGAAGAGGACGAAAUUCGAUGGAACACCAAUUAAGCUUAAGAAUGAUAAAGCAGUUAAGUUCAGAAAACUAAAAGAUGAAAAGUUAGCUGCCAAAGCUAAAAAAUAAUUUUAGAACUUUUAAAACUGAAAAUAACUUCAAAUAAAAAACAAAUUUCUUAAACUGUA